AUGCAGUUGUUGAAGGAGGAAUUCCAUUUAACAGGAAACAUCUUCACAUCUACAAAGGGUUUUCAAGACAAGAACCUCACACAACUUGUUGAUGUUGGUGGUGGCUUUGGAGUGGCCCUUAAUCUGGUCACAUCUAGAUAUCCCCAUAUAAGGGGAAUCAAUUACGACUUGCCCCAUGUCGUAAAUCAUGCCCCUUCCUAUCCUGGUGUGGAACAUGUUGGAGGAGACAUGUUUGCUAGUGUUCCAAGUGGGGAUGCCAUUUUUAUGAAGUUGAUACUUCAUGAUUGGAGCGAUAAGCACUGCCUAAAGCUGUUGAAGAAUUGUUACAAAGCUAUUCCAGACAAUGGAAAAGUGAUUGUUGUGGAAGCACUACUUCCAGCUAUGCCAGAUACUAGCACUGCUGUGAAAAGCACUUCCCAGUUUGAUGUGUUUAUGAUGACUCAAGUUCAGGGAGGGAAGGAGAGGAGUGAACAAGAACUCAUGGCCCUGGCAACUGGUGCUGGAUUUAGUGGCAUCAGAUAUGAAUGUUUUGUCUGUAACAUUUGGGUUAUGGACAGAUAUGAAUGUUUUGUCUGUAACAUUUGGGUUAUGGAGUUCUUUAAGUAA